CUGGGGUGGCCAGAACAGGUCAUGCAGUAUACAUAGCUCUGACCUGCAGUGUGUAAGAAUGGCUGGAGGACAGGAGAAACAGCCAGGAGCCUACUAACGCUGCCCCCCCCAACCUUGUGCCUGAGAUAGUUGCUUCCACAUUGCUGGACUUGCAUUUGUUGCAGUGGAAAAGGGAGUCAUUCUGGUUCUGACUGAACAGAGAGUGAAGCAGCAAAGAGAUAUUCAGUGCUUGACGGACCAGGUGAAAACAGAUCUAUAAAUGGUUCUCCGAAUCCCUCUGCGUAGAAGUGCUAGCUUCACCCCAGACCACCAGCCUGUGGUGGAGGUACCCACUCCUACACCACAGAAAAUGGAAGCCAAUGUGGUGGUCCUUGGAGCAGACAGCGUGGGAAAAUCAGCUUUGACAGUGCGCUUUCUCACUAGAAGGUUCAUCGGGGAAUAUGGAGACAUGGAGUCUAUCUACACCCACACUUUGGCAGUGGAAGGCAGAGAGAUCCUCUUCCACAUCUGGGAUUUUCCUUGCUCACAGAUGAGAACAGAUGAGAGCUCUUCUGAGGAUAAGCGCAUCCAAUGGGCCGAUGGCUUUGUCCUGGUCUAUAGCAUCUGUGACCGGGCCAGCUUCAACAGUGUCCAGCCCAAAGUCCAGGUCAUCAAGGCAGCCAAGGAGGGCCCAGCCCAGGAGAAAGUGCCCAUUGUCAUUGUGGGCAACAAGCGAGACCUGCACCAUCGGCGCACUGUCUCCAGUGAAGAGGGACGGCUUCUGGCUCUCUCCUUGGACUGUGAGUUCUAUGAGGUGUCUGCAGCAGAAGCCUACCAUGGGGCCCUCAUGGUCUUCCACGGCCUGGCAGAACGCAUCUGUGAGGCUAAACUGGCCUUGAAGAAAGGCACCGGGAUCCGCAGCAUCGUCAAGAGUGUGUCUGCCGUGUUUGCCCGGAAAAGAACAGACUCAAUGUGAGACACAGUGGAGGCUGGUCUAUUGGGAGUGCUGCCUCACCAACCUCAGACUGCCAUUAACCAGCCCCCACCUACCUGCCUUCUUAUUUACAACCAGUCAAGGGAUGGGUCCACCUGCCAUUGGUUCUGGCUCCUCCUAUUGUGGGUCUCCUGCGCUACCACUCUCAAUGGGUACCAGCCACUGCUGGUGAGAUGACCUGAAGAUUUUGGAAACUCCAUGGCAUCCAGCUGCCUUCUCCUUCUCCUCCUGAUCACACAGAGUGGAGCAUAAUAUCUCUCUUAGGUCAAGGGAUGUGCCACCUCCUUCUGUUAACCCUACACCAGAGGCAGGAAACUUCAAGCCUGGCUCAAGUCAACAGAAAUACAAGUAGCUCCCAGGGGAUGCCAAAAUUCAAGAGGUGCCAGGUGGAAAGGUGAAAAGGCAGGUCCCCUGCCCUGCCCCACCCUGUCCCACUUCACAACCUUUAGACAACAAGAUUCGCAUCAAGGGGCAGAUGGUGCCUUGCUGGGUCUCCCAUACUGAUGCACUAUGGCCACUAUAAGACCUUGGCUUUGCGUAAGGAUGUACCAUUGUUCUGGACAGGUGAACGAGACAGACAACAGUAACAACUGCACCAUGCACUUGAAGCACACGUAAUGCACAUUUAAAGCACAUAGCUUCUCUUAAAACAGGUGAAGGGAACAUUUGGCCCUCCAGAUGUUGCUGAACUACAGCACUCAUCAUCCCAGACCAUUGGCCAUGCCUGCUGGGAAUGAUUGGAGGUGUCGUUCAACAACAUCAAGAGGGCCAAAGCUUCACCACCCCUGCCUAACGGAGCCUUGGGAAUGGUAGUUUGUUAAGGGUGCUGGGAAUUGUAGCUCUGUGAGGUGUACAUGACAGUUCCCAGGAUUCUUUGGGGGAAGCCAUGUGCUGUAAAGGUAUGGUGAGGAUAUAACCUCUCUGUGCUUCAUCCUCACUCCACCCCGCACACAGAUGGGAAAUUCACUAGACAAAUGGGACUGCAAACCUAAUAGCUGAAUUGGAGUUCACAGCACUGUACGAAGCUACUAAACACCAAGUCAUCCUGCAUCCCCGUUUUGGCUCACCGGCAGUGACUCUCACAAAGGAUUUCCCACCCUCGCCCUAGCUGAGAUUGUUCAACCAGAGACACCAGGGGUUUGGGGCUAGCUCCAGGUUUGAGGAGGACCUUAGCAGGGAGCCUUCUGGUGGGUCUCCUCCUGCAUGGGUGCCCACCUCCAGGUUUAUCAGUGCUGCAAUUGGCACUAGGGGCGAACCACAAUUUAAAUUUCCCAUAAUCCCCCUGCGCAACAUUAUGGUUUAUUUGCCUAUAUUUAUUUAUAAAUAUAUUUGUAUACUGCUAUUUCAUUUAAAAACAUCAAAGCGGUUUACAAGAAGUAUUUUUUUUAAAAAAAACCAUGCUGUAAAAACCAUCAUGAAUACAGUAAAAACAGAGGCCAACUAAUGCAAAAAGACACCUUAAUUGCCUGUGUAGGUCUGGCAGGUUUAAAAGAAAGGCCCCUGCUAUUUCAGGCUGUUCGGGUCAUUGCAGAAAACUAAAUGAAAGCUCCCACCCAUCUGCCUGGAACAGGGCAGAUGUCAACCCUGGUGGGCCUUACUGGCUUCUCCCAGGAGGUGCCAGGCAGGCCUGAAUCUGGGACUUUAUUCAUGCAAAGCAUGUGACCCUCUUCCUUAGGUUAGAGUUCUCCCUCUUUUAAGCCCAGUGGAAGCUGAAUAUGGCAAGCUUGUGUGCUAUGACACUAGCCUGUCCCUGUGGCUGUUGGUGCCUUCCCUCCUCCUCCCUCCUCAGGAUUAGCAGCUUGGAAGAAGCCUGUCGUCAGCUGCACCUCUCUGCUGAGAUGCAAGGAUCUUUGCCAAAUCCUCCUUCAGCCUCCGGUUCUAUCUUGCUUGCUUUAAACCUCCCUGCUUGAUUGCUGAGCUGUAGCAAUGUGAGGAGGUGCCUGGAACUAAGUGUCCUGAGCAGCCUUCCCUCCCUCCCUCGUCCCUGAUCCGUUUGCUGACAGCAUGCGGUUGCUGUGCUGAAGUGAUGUGCAGCACACGCCUGUGCAAAUGGAGACGUGGCUUUCUUCCAGGGCCUUGUGUGGGUGUGGUAGAUCUUAAAUAAUCUGAUCCUGGGCAGAAGCUACAGCUUGUCUUCUGAUGGAAAAUUAUCCCCAGGCCCCUGACAAGGGAUGAAAAGUGCAGGAAAUCGGUAGGCAUUAGGGAUGGAGGGGAAAUUUGAUUCAGUUCCUAUUUAAAGGCAAACCUAUCUAAUUCACACUUCCCGAAACAAUACUCACACGGCUAUCCUUUGAAAUGUGCACUCCUCCAAAGUUUGCAGUGCACUUUUCCAGCCAAGUAACAUGUUAAAAAAAAAAUAUCCAUAUGCUAGGGCAGUAAUUCCCAAACUUCCCCCACCCCCAUAGACCACUUGAAAAUUGCUGAGGGCCUUAGCAGACCACCUAAUGAUUUUUCCUGCCUGAUGUAGCAAUUGCAGUGUGCUGUGCUUGGUGCUGUAUGCUUGUCAGUUGUAUUUUUAUUGCUUCUUUCUUACAGUAUAUUGCAUGUUAUUGUAUUGCAAUUUGCAUCCCGUUGAGUUCAAAUUGUAAUACAAUAAAACACAAUAUUAGCAUGAAAAGAAACGAUAAAAAUACAAUUACAAAAUCAAUAUAGAUAUUUAACGUGGACAUGAUGAGGACCAUUUGAAUGACGCUCACCACAGCUUGGGAACAUCUGUAUUAGGGUAAAGUGUGCAUAAAAAUGCAUAGAAAUGUGUGUCUUAGGCACAACCGCAUACCAUAUCAAGUGAAAUCUGUACUACAUUUUUCAUGAGGGUUUUUUUUUUUUUUAAGCAAUGGAAACUGACAUGGAAAUGUGGAAAGCAGAAUUUAAGUGUGGGAAAAAUUAGAAAGCGAGAAAAAUUGAAAUUAACAGAUCUGGCCAUCUCCAGUAAGAAGCCUCCUCAGUGGAGAGAGGAGGUUGCAAAUAGAUCUCCUGCCUUGUUAUCCUGGAUGCACAGGUUUGGCUUGGCAGUGGUUAUUCAGCAGGGAUGGAAAGGCACUCGUUAGGUACUGCUCAGACCAAUCCUCUCCAGCAGGUAUAUGGAUGCAAAGAAAACCAGUUCCCAGUUAGCAGACGAGUGUUACGUGCACUUAAGUGGAGAGGGGUUCCAGGGCUUACCCUGGAGUUGUUUUCCUUUAGAAUGAGGUAAUUACUGUGCUGGCACUAUAUUUUGUGUACAAAGGAAUAAAGUAAACACAGAUGCACCUCUU